AUGGGAUCAGGUGCAAGCACAAUCCCAGACAAUGUGGAGGAGGAUGUCAGGCAGUUCUCGCACUUUCCCCCAAGGGACAUCCAGGAAUGGUCCUCCUCGUUCAGGUCGGAAUAUCCUGGCGGAUGCAUGACACUGAAAGAUCUAGAGGCAAUGUUCAGGAGCUUCUUCCCUUUUGGAUCUCCCACAAAUUUUUCCAGGAGGCUCUUUGAAACCAUCAACAUAAGCCAGACAGAGACCGUUGACUUCCACGAGCUGUUGAUAGCAUACAGCAUACUGGUUAAGGGGAGCGACCAUGAGAAAUUGCGCUGGAUGUUCAGGUUCUAUGACAAGGACAACGACGGCGUCGUAUCCAAGGAAGAGAUGGUAGAGGUGGUCCAGUGUCUGGCAGACAUGACAUCUCACACUCUCGACAUUUCCAUAGAUGCCGAAGGAAUAGUCAGCGAGAUCUUUGCCUCUGUCGAGAGCGAUAGAGGCUUCCUCACAUUCGAAGACUUUAAAACACUCUCUAUAAGGAGCGAGAAGUUAUUUAAGAUGCUGGUUCCGUUUUCAGACUAA